AUGAUAGACGUGAACAUUAAGAUAGAUUGUGAAAAACCUGAAUUAGUAGCUCAAGCGGUAGAAUAUGACACCAGAGAUGGAAUAGUUUUUAACACAGAGGAGAAUAAACUCUCAUUAAGCUUUACAUGUGAAAAUAUUUCAACUUUAAAAAAAGUUGUUCAUUCAACUGGUAAUUUAAUUGAUGUUUCAAUGAAAACUAUUAAAAGAUUUAAAUAA